AUGGCCUCGGUUCAAAAUUACACACUUCGCCAGCGACGAUUUGCUCCUCUUAGCCCAGAGAGGAAAGGAACAUCAAGUGCCCCACCGUUGAAGGGGAUCGUUUUCGACGUGGACGGAACAUUAUGUCUUCCUCAAAACCACAUGUUUGUCAAGAUGCGAGAUUCUCUUGGGAUCCUCAACAGCGACAUCGACAUCUUGCACCAUAUUAGCAGUCUCCCAACCCCCGAGCAACAGCUUGAAGCCGCAGAUAAGAUCAAGGCCGUCGAGCGAGAGGCCAUGCAAACCCAGGAGCCUCAGCCGGGACUGGUGGAGCUCAUGGAUUAUCUCCACGAACGGGGAGUCAAGAGGGCACUUUGUACACGGAAUUUUGAUCGAGGAGAGAAUUUAAUCAUGGUUGGUGACAGUAUCGAUGAUAUGACUGCUGGCCAUACAGCAGGCGCUGCGACUGUCUUGCUCUUGAACGACCACAACGUUCAUCUCAAGGAGCAUCCCCAUACGGAUCUGUGCAUUGAGCGGUUAGAUGAGCUCAUCGGCAUCCUAGAUGGAGGUUUUGUCGGAAACCGUGUUGGCAACAAGGUUCCUACUAGUGACUAG